AUGGGUACUACGGAUUAUAAAGUCAUGGAUUUGUCGGGUAGGGAAGCUCAUAGACAUAUUGACCAGUUAAGACAGCGAUCGCGAAGCUCUUUAAUUUGUCCGACAAGCACAUCAGAACGGAGUUCUCUGGAAGCGGAACGUUCCGAAAAAUCCGAGGUGAUACCAGCGUCAGUUGCCGGGGAGACACAAGGCCCUCGGAGCGUGAGGGAGUUAAGUCCGGUUCGAGCGGCGAUUGUCGAGGAGUUGCCGUCGGUGUCAACUUCUGGUUCAGUUCCUCGCACUAAUGUUUCUAGUCCUGAGGUGUGUGUAAUACUUCCUCAAUCUGAGGAUCCUGUUCAAGAAGUUGCCAGCCCCCGUCCCUUACGGGCGUGUCGCCUAAAAAAAAGGCAACCCAGAUGUUAA